AUGCCGAGUGGCAAGGUUCCUGAAUUCAAGACUCUUAAAGAGUGUUUGGAGUUCCUGCAGUGGUUGCAUGAUGACAAGCAUAUGCAAUACCGGGUGACCCGUCGUCUAAAAAAGCUGCUCGAAAAGAAGUAUGAAAAAAUUCAUGAACAGCAAAUGGACGCAGCAUUGUCCACUUUCCUCAGCAGAGUAUCCGAAUUUCAUACUAAAUUAUGCCAAAAGACAGGGCAUGGCACAUAUACGCCUGAUAAAGCUAGAGAUGCAUUCUAUGCUCUCCUGCAAUGCAUUCCUAAAUUUCUCUCCGUGAUGUACUUUAUACGCUACAAUGUAGACCCUAACUUUGCCGGAGUGGGAGGAGGGAGGUGGGCAGAGCAAGAAGUUGGGACGCUAGCACUGUACGCUAGAAUUAAUUCACAGUUGGUUGAACGGAUGAAAUCUACAGCCAAGGAUAUUGAAAAGUAUCUAAUUGCAGAAUCUGACGAUGACUACGGUGGCAUGAUGCCCGGAGGAUUUGGAGCUGGUGAGUUAAUGCCAGAUUAUCAGGGUCAUUAUUCGCAGGGUCUUAAAAUGGCAUCGGACCUCAUAAAGAUUUGCGAAAAAGAGAAUCACCAAUUAUUUCGUGACGUGUUCGUAACGUCGGUGUUGUCUAAAAAUUCCGGAGUUGACGUCUCGAACGUGGCCAACGCUCUUCGGAUGGUACAAGAUUUUUGUGGAUUAUUUGAAAAGGUAACGGAUGGAGAAGAUUUUAAAGGCCAUGUACAAUCUAGAAACAAAUGCAUUAACUGGGGCGAAUUACAACGACAUUGCGCCAAACUUAAAGACUCUCUCAGCAAAUUGUUCACCAACAACCAAUUUUCUUUCACAGGCUACGGGCGUACAUAUGAUUUCCUUGACAAACAAAAUAUUGCGAAGAAGAUGGCGAGUUGGCUUAAAAAAAAUUUGCCCGAAAUGAAAAAUAUUUUAGCGCAAAUACAACCGUUAAACAGCAAAUACAAAAAGACUGAUCUUAAGCGGAAGGCCAUACUAACGCGAUAUUACAUCGACCUUGGUGCACAUCUCACCAAGUAUCUGUUUCCCUAUGGAUUCACAUUUGACGGAAGGUCCUUUAAAACGGGCACCACUCCUUAUGAGGAUUUGAAGACGCAUUGGGAUGCGGUGAUCGGCGAACUCAAGAAGGAUGACGGCGGCUUGGCCACACUUAAGAACAUUUUAGAUGGGGACCAGUGCGCAAAUGGAGAAAGAAAGAAAGAGUCCAAACCUAAACUUAAGCCCGACACUGAGCCCGAGAGUGAUUUGGGGUUCGAGCCUAAGGCUGAGACUGAGCCUGAGCUUGAAAAUGAUAUUGACUCUGACGUUGAUUCUGAUGAAGAAUUGAUGAAUCAGUUGUCCGAUGAUGAGUCUGAAGCCACCAAAACCGAGGCCGCCAAGCCUGUUGUCACCAAAGCCGAGGCGCCGAAGCCAACUCCAACUAAACAGGAGGGAGCACAGAACCAGGGCAAGAAAGCGGAGGGUGCACAGAACCAGGGCAAGAAGGCGGAGGGUGAUCAAGGAAAUGGUCACAGUGUGGGAAAUACUUCUAGUUCACCGGUUACACAGGCGGUACAAAGUCAGCCAUCAAGUAGUUCGAGUCUAGACUCUGCGUCACCUGGUGCCCCUGGUACUAGUAGUGGUCAGGACUCGGGUGCCCAGGCGACUUCUCCACUCUCAACUCAACAAAGUAGUGGAGGGUCUCAUAGAGAUGACAACGCUGAUGCGUCUUCUAGUCCAGGUGGCGGUGGAGCAGGAGGAAGUGGUCAGCCUCCGUCAGUUAAAAAGUGUCUCGAGCCUACUAUGGCGACAUUUUUAAACAUAGGGGACACUGAAAAUAGCAAUCAAUUCUGUAACAAAGUAUAUAAAAAGCCCACCACCACUAACUAUAAAUAUGAUACCAUCAGUGAACAACUUUGGGAGGAGUAUAAGAAGCGAGAAAUUUUGCAACCGUGGGAAGAAAAAAUAGCAAAACGAAAACGUGAAAAAGAGGACAAGGAACGUGAAAAGGAGGAACAGCGCCAACUUCAACGUGAGGCUAUGCUUCCAGAGAUUGAUGUAGUGCAUAAGCGUCAGGAGUCUGAUAAAUCGGAUAACGCAUAUAUUGAGGCUCUACAUAAUCAAAUGAGAAAUGCAACACCUUCAAUGCCCCUAUUAAUAACACUGCCUCCAAAGAACGAUGUAAACAGUUACGACAAUGCUGAUGUGUUCGAUGCUGACCAAUCCGUUACUCUCAAUAUUGACAAGCCAGAUGUGUUAGGUGGUGGGUACCCCGCUCUGUUUACUAUUGAGCAGCGACCACUGGUCAAUGCUGAAGAUGAAAGUUACAGUAUCGAUGGCCAAGUAGUUGGUGUUGACGACAGUCAACUGGCUUUUCCAGUUGACGGAGAGGAAGUGAAAGAAAAAAUAGGAGAUGAAGAGGGCGGGCUGGACGAUGAUAAAGCUGUAGUUAUUGACGGUACAAUGGUGUCUGAUGCUGACCAUGCAAUAUUCCGUCACGAUGGGCAAAUAGUUGUGAACAUUAGAGGGAACGAAGUGACGGAGAAGCGUGACAAACAGAAUGAAGAAGAACGUCGAUUGCAGUUGCUGCAUCAAACCCAUCAUGAUCAUGCAAAAUCGUUAGAUGGGCAGCCAGUUCCGGAUCCCACCGAUUUAAUUUUGAGGCAACAGGAGGUCACAAACAUGCGCAGAGCGUACAAGGAAGAAGAAAAAAGGCAGAGAAUGAAGAAUCAGGAACUAAAAAAUGCUCGAUGCAGCUGA